UCUACACGUCACCGAUCUACAUCUGUUCUGUCGUGCCUGGAAAACGUCGUGAACGCGCAUGUCAGGUUCGCUGCAGAGAUCCUCUGCUCCCACGACUGGUCGCGGGGAUGGUGUUGACAGCGGGCGGCUCGUUUUUACGCGAUUAGAUCGAUGUCAGGGCCGGGACCGUUUCACAUUUAUCCGGGGUUGAGCACCGAUUCCCUCCCCCUGCUGCCCUCUUUCCGCCCGUGGAGGAGGACGACACCGCCAGGCCGAGGACGACGCUAACGCCACCGAUGGAAUCCCCAGCCGUUUCCAGACGGAGAAACCGAAAGGGUGGACUCGUUAUAAAUAAUUAAAAGAAGAAAAAGAAGAAGAAGGAGGAGAAGAAGCACCUUUCUGCUGCUGAACUACCGGGAAGAUGCAUCUGCACCAGGUGCUGACGGGAGCUGUGAACCCGGGAGACUGCUGCUACUCGGUGGGCAGCGUGAACGACGUCCCCUUCACGGCCUAUGGCUCUGGUUGUGAUGUAGUGAUCUUGGCCAGUGACUUUGAGUGUGUGCAGAUAAUCCCUGGAGCUCAGAAUGGAAACAUACAGGUGGGCUGCGUGGAGUGCUCCCACCAGCUUGGCAGGAUCGCUGCAUCCUAUGGAAACACAGUCUGCAUCUUUGAACCUCUUUCCGCUAACCCAAACAAACGGCAUAAGCAGCUUAACUAUCAGUGGCAAAAGACAGGGCAGUUCUUCCUCGAUGCCAUCACCUACAACCUGGCCUGGGACCCACAAGGGAACCGUAUCCUAGCAGCAACUGAGCGGCUUCAGCUGUGGGCUCCUCCGCUGGCAGAUGCCCUGAUAGAGGAGGAAGAUGGGCAGAUGACUGAGGACAGGCCCCACCCUGUCCUUAAUGACUGGAACUGUGUCUGGCAGUGCAAAACUGCUGCAUCUGUUCACAUUGCAAAGUGGUCUCCUGAUGGCGAGUAUUUUGCAACAGUUGGGAAGGAUGACUGUUUACUUAAGGUGUGGUAUCCCACCACGGGCUGGCGGUCUGCAGUGGUGGUCCACGACCCCUCCGAUAAAAAGUCUACUCCUGUUCACUUCUCAUUUGUUUACCUGGCACAUCCUCGCUCGGUCACUGGUAUGUCCUGGAGGAAGACCAGCAAGUUCAUGCCCAAGGGUUCGGUGUGCAAUGUGUUGCUGACGUCCUGCGAGGAUGGUGUGUGUAGGUUGUGGUCAGAGACCCUGCUUCCAGAAGACAGCCUGCUCGGGGGACAGAUCUCUGAGAACUCGCACUCCUUCAGCUCUAGCCUGCCGGGCUUGGCAGGCAAUAAAGACAAGAUCCAGCAUGCUUUAGAGUCAAUCCACCAUCUGAAGCAUCUGCGCCGCGGCCGACGACGGUCCUCAGCACUGGUGGCACAUAGUGAGCUGCUGCCCUCUCAGCUCGGCACGCAGGACACUCACACUCACCGCCACAUCGCUCAUCACGCCAAUGCCCUGUGUCACUUUCAUAUCUCAGCCAGUAUUAACCCCAACACAGAUAUCCCAACUGUGCUGGCUGACUCUGCAGUGUUCAACCCAGACGAUGGCUCUGGUGGCGGCGGCUUCGUGGUUCACUGGCUCAACAAUAAGGACCUUAGCUUCACUACUUCCAUGGACCUCUUUAUGCUGCAGCUCCGUAAAUUCUCUGAACAGCAGCUGGACCAGACUACAGAGGAUCCCCUGGACCCUGAAGGAUCCCCUUUGAAGUUUGACUUUGACCUGGACGACAUAUCUGAUAAAGCCUCCUCAGAACAUGGUGAAGAGGUUGAGCCAGGGGAGCAGGGAAGCACCAAGGCCUCCUCCCCAGGAUCCAGCUCCAGCAUGCCUUUACCCUCCAUGUUGCUAGAGAGGAAGAUGGAGACUCUGAUCACAGAGUGGAACAAGAGCCCAGACAUGCUGUUCACCAUACACCCUACUGAUGGAUCUUUCCUGGUUUGGCAUGUGAAGUACUUGGACGAAUUCAACCAGGGCAUCUUCAGACAGGUUCAGGUGUCCUUCUCCUCCCGUAUUCCAGUGGCAUUUCCUACAGGUGAUGCCAACUCACUGAGUAAAAAUAUCCUGAUGUACGCGUGCACUUUGACUGAGAGUGCCGGGACAGCGGAGCAGGGGAGGAUGGUUCAACGUGUCGCCUACUCUGUUUCAUUGUCGGACGGUCUGGGUUCAUCUGCCCUGGCCCCCCCUCUCAACCCUCGCCCUGGUAUCAGCCCUGCUGUCAUGAUGGUUUCCAAGCAUGUUGAUGGAUCUCUCAACCAGUGGGCAGUGACAUUUGCUGAGCGCUCUGCCUUCUCAAACGUAUUGACUGUAUCUCAUAAGUUCCGGUACUGUGGCCACCGGUUUCAUCUGAACGACCAAGCCUGCCACACAGUGCUGCCACUGCUGCUGACCUCCUCUCAUCAUAACGCUCUGCUCACCCCUCCCUCAGCACCCGGCAGCCUGGAGGGAGAGCAGCCUCCUACCUUUCCCCUACCAAAGGGACUUCCCAGCAGGAAGCAGCUUCGUAAUGCAGCUACAAGGACCUUCCAUGACCCUAACGCCAUCUACAGUGAGCUGAUCCUGUGGAGGGUGGAUCAUAUUGGACCCCUCUCCUGCACUGGAGGAGUCUCCGAACUGGCCCGAAUCAACUCCCUUCACACCUCCGCUUUCAGCAAUGUUGCUUGGCUACCCACACUAGUACCCAGCUCUGUGCUCGGAACUUACUGUAACAGUGCCAGUGCCUGCUUUGUGGCAUCAGAUGGCAAAAAUCUACGUCUCUAUCAAGCGGUGGUUGAUGCCAGAAAAUUACUGGAUGAGCUGUCAGAUCCUGAAACUUCUAAACUGGUGGGCGAAGUGUUCAACAUUGUCAGCCAGCAGUCCACUGCCAGACCUGGGUGUAUCAUUGAGUUGGAUGUCAUCACAAACCAGUGUGGCGCCAACACCCAGCUGCUGCAUGUCUUCCAAGAGGACUUCAUUCUAGGCUACAAGCCGCAGAAAGAACCAGAAGCAUUUGCACGAGCCUUUCCAUCUGGUGAAGAUUAUCAACCUGCUCCAUUCUCUGAGAAGUUCUUUCUGGUGGUGAUAGAGAAGGAUCUCAACAGGAACUCUGUCCUGCAGAUGUGGCACCUGCAUCUCAAAUCUGUGCAGGCCUGUGUGGAUGAACCAAGCCCAGAUUAUAGCUCCCAGAGUCAGCUAAUGGUUCCCAAUCAAGUUGCGAAUGCAGACUCAUCUCCUGAGACCUCUCCUAUCAAACCCCUGCCACGGUCAUCCUCCACAGCCAACCUGCAGUCAGCCAGCAAGCUCAUCCUCAGCUCCAAGCUGGUGUACAGCAAGCGACUCGACCUGCCCCACGGGGUGGAGGUUACCAGGGCAACCCCCUCUGCAGGUCACCUAAGCUCCUCCUCUAUCUACCCUGUGUGUCUGGCUCCGUACCUGAUUGUUACAACCUGCUCUGAUUCUCGCGUGCGGUUCUGGCACUGCGCUGUGGAGGGUGAUGAUGGGUACAGUGAGAAUGAGCAUGACAACAGGGCAUACCGCUGGGAGCCUUGGGCCCUGAUGAAUGAGGAGGAAGAUAACAACAGUGCUGUGUGUGUGUCGGGGCGGCCUGUAGCUGUGUCCUGCUCCUACAUCGGCCGGUUGGCAGUGGCCUUUAAACAGCCUCGACAAGGACAGCUGCAGGGCUCUGCAAAAGACUUCUCUAUGCAUGUCUCGAUAUAUGAGUGUGAGUCCACCGGUGGCUCUGAGUGGGUUUUAGAGCAAACGCUUCACUUGGAUGAGUUCACAAGGACCUCGUCAACCCUGGAUCCAAGAGUCAGUGUGGACUCCAACCUGUUUGUCUACAGCAGGUCAGACCUGUACAUGAGCAGAGACCAUAGCUCUCCCAACAUAAAGCACUAUGUUCAUCUGGACUGGCUGUCGAAGGAGGAUGGAUCUCACAUCCUCACUGUGGGGGUUGGAUCCAACAUUCUCAUGUAUGGCCGUAUCUCUGGCAUGGUCAACGAGCAGACUAGCAGCAAAGAGGGAGUGGCUGUCAUUACCCUUCCUCUAGGGGGCAGUAUCAAACAGGGGAUCCGCUCGCGCUGGAUCCUGCUUCGGUCUGUGGACCUCCUGUCCUCAGUGGAUGGCACACCAUCUCUGCCAGUCUCCCUGUCCUGGGUAAGGGACGGCAUCCUAGUUGUGGGCAUGGAUUGUGAGAUGCAUGUGUAUGCCCAGUGGCAUCAGGACAAGAAGCCUGGUGAGGGAGACGAGGGCAACCUAUCAUCCGCAGACAUUGCUGGAGGUCAAACCACCGGUUCCUCCUCAGCCUUUGAAGGGAGAGCCAGGUCCAAGAGUGUGUUUGAAGGAAGUGCUGCAGUGGAUGAGGCCCUUCGUGCCCCAGCUGGACUUCAGGAAGGGGGACUGUUUGAGGCUGCCCACUCCCUAUCACCCACUCUACCCCAGUACCAUCCCACACAGCUGCUAGAACUCAUGGACCUGGGCAAGGUUCGCCGUGCCAAGGCCAUCCUCGCUCACCUGGUUAAGUGUAUUGCCGGGGAAGUUGCUGUGGUGAGGGAUGUGGAGGCCGGUGAGGGCGGAGCCAGGAGACAUCUGUCGCGAACCAUCAGUGUGACUGGCAGCACAGCAAAAGACACCAUUGUCGCAGGCCGUGAUGGAGGCAGGGACUACACAGAGAUUAACUCUAUCCCUCCACUGCCCCUGUAUGCACUCAUGUUGGCUGAUCUAGACACCUCAUAUAAGGGAGCAGAAGAGGCUGCUAAGGGAGCUAAAGCGACUGAUGGUGAUGGAGUACAGAAGUCCACAGAGGACCAGUAUGCCGACCUCUUCCAGGUGCAAGCAGUCACCACAGACGACUUUGUAAACUUUGCCACAGACAAACCAGAGAAGAAGUCUCGAGUUAUUAACCUCUCUCAAUAUGGACCCACUUACUUCGGACCAGAGCACGCCCAGGUAUUGUCCAGUCACCUCAUGCACUCCAGCUUACCAGGGCUGACCAGACUCGAGCAGAUGUUCUUGGUGGCCUUGGCUGACACUGUUGCAACCACCAGUGCUGAGGUCACCAGCUCCACUGAUCAGCAGUACACAGGUGGUGAGGCUCUGGAUGAGUGUGGGCUGAGGUACCUGCUGGCCAUGCGUCUCCAUACUUGCCUGCUCACCUCUCUGCCCCCUCUGUACCGCAUGCAACUGCUCCACCAGGGUCUAUCAACGUGCCACUUUGCAUGGGCCUUCCACUCCGAGGCAGAAGAAGAGCUGCUCAACAUGAUCCCAGCCAUGCAGAGAGGAGACCCACAGUGGUCUGAGCUCAGAGCUGUUGGAGUGGGUUGGUGGAUACGCAACAUCAACACCCUGCGGAAAAUGGUGGAAAAGUUAGGUAAAGCUGCCUUCCAGAGACACAAUGACCCUUUAGAUGCUGCUCUGUUCUACUUGGCCAUGAAGAAGAAAGCUGUUCUGUGGGGGCUCUUCAGGUCUCAGCAUGAGGAGAAGAUGACUCAGUUCUUCAAGAACAACUUCAGUGAAGAUCGCUGGCGAAAGGCAGCCCUGAAAAAUGCUUUCUCGUUGCUGGGAAAGCAGCGCUUUGAACAGUCGGCUGCUUUCUUUCUGCUGGCUGGAUCACUCAAAGACGCCAUAGAGGUGCUGAUGGAGAAGAUGGAGGAUCUCCAGUUAGCCAUGAUAGUAGCAAGGUUGUAUGAGGCCGACUUUGAGAACUCAUCCACUUGCCAGGGCCUCCUGUAUGAGAAAGUCCUGGGCUGUAACAAAGAUGGAAGUGGUUACCACUGCUCCAGACUGCAUCCUGACCCAUUCCUCCGCAGCAUAGCCUACUGGAUUAUGAAGGAUUACACUCGAGCCCUGGACACACUGCUGGAGCGAAUCCCCAAAGAGGAUGAUGAGAAUCCUGAUGAGAUGGUGAAAUCUUGCAACCCUGUGGUGUUUAGUUUCUAUAACUAUCUGAGGACACACCCUCUGAUCAUUCGCCGCCACUUUGCAAAUCCAGAGGCCACAGCAACAACUGUGGGAGUCACUGCUGAGAAGAGCAGCGCAGAUGAGAUCAACCUUAUAGAGCGCAAACUGUUCUUCACUACAGCCAAUGCACACUUCAAGGUGGGCUGCCCAGUUCUGGCUCUGGAAGUUCUAUCCAAGAUCCCCAAAGUUACCAAGAAAUCUGGCUCCUCGCCGCUCAGCAAAGCUUCAUCCAAGGCCAACUUAGACUCAACCCAACCCCUGGAAAAUGGCACCCAGGGCGGCCUGGACUGGGGCUCACCAGGAUUCCCUGUCAAUGCCUGGGGAGGAAAUGAUAGUGGGGGAGGGUUGGACUGGAGCCAGCCUGUGGUCAAGGUGGAGGAAGAUGAGCUCAAGCUGAACUGGGAAGAUGACAAAGGAGAUGAAGAUGAUGAUGAUGAUGAUGAUGAUGGUGGUCUGACAAUGAAGAAACCAGAGUCUGAGUCCAAAGCAGAUGGGGGCUCAGAGAGUGGAAGGCCCAAACUACAGAGAGCAGACUCACAGGGUGAGUCAGAGGUGGAUGUCAUUGCAGAGCAGCUAAAGUUCCGUGCUUGUCUAAAAAUCCUGAUGACAGAGCUGCGUACACUGGCAACAGGUUUCGAGGUGGACGGAGGGAAGCUCCGCUUUCAACUCUACAAUUGGCUGGAGAAGGAAAUAGCCGGCAUGCAUACGAUCUGCAACUACAAGGUUGAGGGAAAAGAGGAAGAUUCAGAGGUGGAGCGGUGGGGAGAGCACACAGCAUCAGUGGACAUAACAGAUGAGGACCUGGAGCAGACAGAGGCUGGGGCAUACGAGCGUCACCAGAUGGAGCGGCGGCGUCUUCAGGCCAAGCAGCAGCACUCUGAGAGGCGUAAGGCGUGGCUGAGGAAGAACCAGGCCCUGCUGAGGGUGUUUCUGUCCUACUGCAGCCUCCAUGGAGCCAAGGGAGGAGGAGUCACUUCUGUUCGCAUGGAGCUUCUGUUCCUUCUGCAGGAGAGCCAGCAGGAGACCACAGUGAAACAGCUGCAGUCUCCUCUGCCUCUGCCGACUACACUGCCUCUGCUAUCAGCUUGCAUCGCCCCCACCAAGACGGUCAUAGCAAAUCCUGUUCUCCACCUCAGCAACCACAUUCAUGACAUUCUCCACACCGCCAGCCUGAUGGAGGGCCCGCCACAUCCUGACAUGAUGGAUGAUCGGGUCAAUGCUCUACACACACUAGCAGCUUCUCUGUCUGCUUGCAUCUAUCAAGCAUUGUGUGACAGCCACAGCUACAGCACCCAGACAGAGGCCAACCAGUUUACAGGGAUGGUGUACCAGGGCCUGUUACUCAGUGAGAGGAAAAGACUUCGCACAGAAAGCAUUGAAGAACAUAUAACUCCCAACUCCGCUCCUGCACAAUGGCCAGGUGUGUCGUCCCUGAUUUCUCUGUUGACGUCUGCCAGGGAGGAGGACCAGCCAAGGCUCAACGUGCUGCUGUGUGAAGCAGUUGUGGCUGUUUAUCUCGCGCUGCUCAUUCAUGGUCUGGGUACUCACAGCAGCAAUGAACUCUUCCGCCUGGCUGCCCAUCCCCUCAACAACCGCAUGUGGGCCGCUGUCUUUGGAGGAGGGGCCAAACUCAUUAUUAGGCCAAAGAGGCCUGAGGCCCCACCAGCGGCUCUGCCUCAGCCCCAAGCAGAGGACUCGGACCGAUACAGGCGCAGGUUUAACAUGAGGAUGCUCGUUCCUGGACGCCCGGUAAAGGAGACGCCAGCCAACCCACCCCCUGUGCCCAUAGAGAGACCCGCCUACAGGGAGAAGUUCAUUCCCCCCGAGCUGAGCAUGUGGGACUACUUUGUGGCCAAACCUUUCCUGCCGCUGUCAGACAGCAACGCUCUGUGUGACUCAGAUGAAAGCGGCGCAGAAGAUGACGAAGACGAUGAUGACGCCUUCCUUUCCGACACACAGAUAACGGAGCACUCCGACCCCAACUCCUACAGCUGGUCUCUGAUCCGCCUGGUCAUGGUGAAGCUGGCUCAUCACAAUGUCAAGAACUUCCUCCCUCUCACUGGCCUCGACUUCACAGACCUGCCGGUCACUUCCCCUCUAAGCAACGCUGUGCUGAAGACUUUAGAGAACUGGGAGCAGCUUCUGCUGGAGCGCAUGAACAAGUUUGACGGCCCGCCUCCCAACUACAUCAACACUUACCCUACUGACCUCAGCGCAGGAGGUGGCCCUGCCAUUCUCCGACACAAGGCCAUGCUGGAGCCAGACAACACACCCUUCAAGACAAAGAACCACCAGUCCUUUCCAGCGAGACGUCUUUGGCAUUUCCUGGUCAAACAGGAAGUUCUUCAGGAGACUUUGAUCCGUUACAUCUUUACUAAAAAAAGGAAGCAGUGUGAGUCUGUAGAGAACCAUAUGGACCAUAUAAGCCCAAACUGCAUAGCAGGAGCUAGCCGCCCCUAUAAGGUGGAGGCAGAUCUGGGGUACCCAGGAGGCAAAGCUAAAAUCAUUCACAAGGAGUCUGAUAUUAUCAUGGCCUUUGCCAUCAAUAAGGCUAAUUCCAAUGAGAUUGUGUUGGCCUCCACUCAUGAUGUCCAGGAGGUGGACGUGUCCACUCUAGUGGCUGUCCAGCCUUUCACCUGGAUAGGAGAGGACUUUGAUAAGGAAUCCCGCAGCUCUGAUGACAUAGACCAUCGUUCCUCUCACACCAACAUUGCCCAGGCCAGCUCUGCCCCUUUUGCACCCCCCCAGAUGCCGGUCUCUGCCUCUAUGCCGUGGCUCGGCAGUGGACAGACCAGCAUGGGAGCAAGUGUGAUUAUGAAGAGGAAUUUAAACAAUGUAAAGAGAAUGACGUCUCACCCCAUAUAUCAGUAUUACAUGACGGGUGCUCAGGAUGGCAGUGUCAGAAUGUUUGAAUGGAACAGACCUCAGCAACUAAUUUGCUUCAGACAAGCCGGCAACGCCAGAGUCACCCGGCUCUAUUUCAACUCCCAGGGCAAUAAGUGUGGAGUCGCUGAUGGAGAGGGCUUCCUCAGUCUCUGGCAGGUCAACCAGACAUCGUCCAACCCCAAACCCUACCUGAGUUGGCAGUGUCACACUAAGACCUGCGGUGAUUUCGCCUUCAUCACGUCCUCCAGCCUUAUCGCCACAGCUGGACAGUCCAACGAUAACCGAAAUGUUUGCCUGUGGGAUACUCUGAUUUCACCUAGCAAUACCAUGGUCCAUGCGUUCCCCUGCCAUGAGAACGGGGCCACUGUGCUGCAGUACGCUCCUAAACAGCAGCUGCUGAUCACUGGAGGCAGAAAGGGCUUUGUGUGCGUGUUCGACAUCCGCCAGAGGCAGCUGCUCCACACUUUCCAGGCCCAUGACUCAGCCAUCAAGGCCCUCGCACUGGAUGCCUUCGAGGACUUCUUCGUCACUGGCUCCGCAGAGGGCAACAUGAAGGUGUGGAAAUUAGCCGGCCACGGGCUCAUGCACUCUUUUAGCAGUGAGCAUGCCAAGCAGUCCAUCUUCCGCAACAUCGGCGCCGGCGUGAUGCAGGUUGAGACACGACCCGGUAAUCGCAUCUUCACCUGUGGAGCAGACGGCACCCUGAAGAUGAGGGUCCUCCCCGACCGCUACAACAUCCCUAGCAGCUUGGUUGACGUCCUGUAAUGCCCACUUCCAGUUUCAAGGGUCCAAAGAGGAAAGGGACAGAAAGACAAAACACAAUAAGCUUAUGUAACACCCACAAGGCAUUAGUAGUAUAAUCGAUGGGGGACAACUUAGUCAAAAGACCACCACGCUUUUGGCAUCUUUCAGAGUGUGCAGUGUUCAUGGGUUUACUGUCGAUGUAAAUCAAACCCAGAGUGACAAACGGAGCUGCAAAUAUUUUUUCCCAAAGGCUGAAAGCAAAGGUACAAGCAGAAGUUAUCAUACUUGAUUUUAAAGCUAGAUUUAUUGUAAUUUUAUUGAAGAAUCUCUACUCUUAGAGUGUGUCCAUAGGGAAGCUAUGCAUGUCCUGUUCUCGUUACGCGGUGCAAUCACAGGUCUAUUGAUAGUGCUCUGUAAAAGUGCUCAAGCAAAAAUUUUAAAAGUGUGUAAUUGUUGUCAUUUUGUGCCCACAGCUGAAAUCUCUUAGCAUCUACUGUAACCAGCACUGUGGUUUGUUAUUAAGUCAGUGGUUUCCGGUGUGAAUCGAGUUGUUGGAAUCUGCAUUUUGUUGGUUUUUGCCCCCACCCCCACCUCACCCUGCCUUUUUGCCCGGCUUCUCUCAGCCCUUAUGGAAGAGUUGAUGGUGCAUCGCUCCUAUAGUGACGCCCCACCCCUACCCCACAACCCCCUACUUCUGGCUGCCCAUCACUCACUCUGGCCUCUCGACCCAGCCCGGGUUGGUCGUGGAGCGUGUGUUUCACUCUGCUGUGUCUGCCAUCGUCACGCCUGCCCGCUCACCUGCCCUCAAAUGCCUGUUUGUGUGGCGAACGUCACUGCUAGAACAUUCCUGUUUGGAAGAUGAUGUGUUUUACUCCUGUGACUGUGAUCUCAAUGUUUCCAUCUGUCUGGUCCAAACCUUAAACACCCACCCAGAGCAGAAACACAAAGGUUCACUUCUAGUUUUGCACAAGAUUUUCUUGAAUUUCUUUUUUUUUUUUUUAUUUUAGCAUUUAAAAUAAUUUAUAUGUUUGUGUUUGUUUGUUUGGCCAUUCCUUUGUCAAACUUUUUAACUUAUUGCCUUUUAUUUUAGGAAUGUAAGGGGUUCUACUGUAUCUGACUGGGAGAUGUGCAACACAGUCUACUGUAUGUAAGUGUGUGUUACCUCGCUAGUUGUUUUUACUGUUUCGUCCAUAAGAACUAGAUAUUUGCACUCGAAAUUCCAGAGACACUAAAAGUUUAUUUCCAAUAAAUAGGUUAAUGAAGAAGAACCUGUUAUAUACAGAUGAAUGUCUGGCUUCAUUUGGCCUAGUGGUAAAAUGUUUGAAAUAGUUUUAAUAUAUAAAUGAUAUAAAUAAAUACAUAUAUAUAUAUAUAAAUGAUCUUAAACAUAUAUAUAUAUAAAUAUAAUCACAACAGCUUGUACAAACAUUAAAGCAUUUCUUUAUUUUUUUUGUUCGUAUCAUAACCGGCUGGAUUAGUUGUAACUUUUGUUAAGUGUAUGUAUGGUAUUUAUUAAAGAGAUUUGUGUUUCUCUCCCUCUCUCUGCCCACUAUGUGUACUGUAUGUAUCGUUUGUGUUUUACCAAUGGUCUACUGGUGUCCGAUGCAUGUGUGUAUGUAUGUAUGUAUGUGUGCGUGUGUGUACAUGUAAUGAUGCAAAACAAGCCAGUAUCAAGGGUAGACACUUACUAGGGCACUUGAGCCUGAAGGUAUGUGAGAGAACAGGUCAUGGUCAGAGUUUUACCUUUGUAAAGUGAAUAAAUUCUUUUAUUUCA